CUUUUCUCUCCCCCAUUUCCCAUUUUUGUUUCGACAUUUUUUAAAUGCAGGAUCGAAAUCUUUCAUUUCAGAAAAAUAUGAAGGUGAGCGAGAAUCCGAAUAAAUUCAAGAAACGUGGGAGACCACCACCGAGUGUGAAAUGAUGACGAAAAAAAUGUCCGGAGGUUCGAAUGGUUGCGUGUUUCAGUUUAUUCGCGCAGGAAUGCGGUAGAGAUAAACGGCAGGCCUACUGUUUAUAAAUAACAACAACCAAUGAUGCUGAGGAAAAGAAGAUGAGCGCUACGGUACGUUACUGUGUGACGAGCUUUCGGCUUCUUGGCGGAUCAGAAACGGGAAAUAUCUGAACGAGACGCGGUCAUCCUGCGCGACGCGAGAGGAGAUACAUUAUUACAUCGUCCGCAGCCUAAUUAAUGUCAGCGGACGAUGCUUACGGCGACGGUACAACGGUGAGAUAGCGCGGCAGCGCUGAUACGAGCGCAAACGUGGGGAAGCGAGUAGACGGCAAAAGUCGACCCCUGAGGUCAGUCGUCCGUCAUCUUCUGUUUAUCAUUUCUCGCCGUCGAUACGGCCAAGUGUUGCGCGAGUCGCACGGGGCGCGAUAAAAUGCGACGAGUGGAUCGAACGUCGGCAAACAUGAACUCACGGAGGUCCAGGAGAGACUCGGAUCUCGUUCUAUCGAACUUCGGUCAGAAGGAGCAUCUCUUCAAGUUCCUCGUCAUCGGGGACUAUGGUGUCGGCAAAACCGCGCUGGUCAGAAGAUACACGGAAGGGAAGUUCUCCUCGAAUUACAAGAUUACCAUAGGCGCCGAUUUUGCGAUAAAAUCACUCGAUUGGGAUCCACACACUAAAAUAAACUUGCAGCUAUGGGAUAUCGCCGGCCACGAGAGAUUUGGAUACAUGACGAGGGUCUAUUACAAAUACGCAGUGGCCGCGGCUCUCGUAUUCGACAUCUCACGCAUGGCGACCUUUCAGUCGAUGAAGAAGUGGCUGUGCGAUCUCAGGGAGAAGGUUACACUGUCGGACGGGUCGAGCAUACCGAUCGUACUGCUGGCGAACAAGUGCGACAUAUCGGUCGCCGUGACCAACGAGCAGAUCGCUAAGUUUUGCAGGGAGAACGGUAUAGACGCCUGGUACGCGACCUCCGCGAAAAACAACACCAAUGUCGAUUCAGCGAUGCGCUAUUUGGUGGAGAAAGUGCUGAGCGCGAAGAUCGACGGCGGCGUGCGCGACUCGAUACGACUGCGCGAGGCCUCGUUGAAUCGCGAGAGAUCCAGCUGCUGCAAAUAGAGGACGACGUGCUGCAACCGGCUUGUGAAAUGUCGAUUGUCGUCGUCUAGAAGUGAUUGCAUCGCAGCAUGUAUGAACGACGAUGCGGGACCACCGAGCACGAAGAUCGCGCGAUAAAACACGGCAGAACUGACGCUAUAUAAGUUAUCCCCCUUCCCCGUGAGGUUCAUAUAUUACAACAGUGUAUACAUUGUUUUACAUUAUAAUCUUAACCGUUA